ACUUGAGCUAAUUCCCCACAUAUUGAACCAAGGGUUUAAUACUCAGUAUAUUCAUUGCUUCAAGGAUUUAACCUUGAUUUCCACUUCGGAUAUACCUCAGAUAUUUUCAUUAAAGCAAACAACACCAGCAAAAUAAAAGAUAAUGCCAAAUUAUAUAUCUUAGUCCAGGAUGUUUAUAGUUAGGAAGUUUUGUUCCAUUGCCACAUUAUGCAAGACAAUUAAACCCACCAACUUCACAGAAAAACUCUUUAAACAACAGGACCAUCCAACAUUAUGCCUCACAGCAACUAAACAGUUUCAUGGAAGCGCAGUUCAUUUACGAGAGCCAAAACAAGAUGCCAUUGUAAUUGGAGAUGGGGACAGAAAAUAUGAGCCACAGUCCCCGUAUAGAAGACAUUGGCCGAAACGUUUCCAGUUUGUUACCUCGACGCGUUUUGGACCUACCUUGCCACGAGUUAACAAAGAGUUGAAGCAUCAAUUACCAUUCAAUUACAAGGACAAAUGGUCGGACAAGUCAGCUUUACAGGGAGCCAAUGACUAUAUAGAUAUACUUGGAGAUGGUACAAUUCAUCCAGUGGAUUUGAUUAAGGGCCCUGCCUUCCUGAUUGGCUAUAAUGCUAACGAGCUGGGCCGAUUGAACAGAAGACUGCGAUUUGAGGGAAGAUAUCUCGCUGAUAAUUUCCCUUCUGAACUGGAGAAAAUUUUAAAACGAAUCAAGUUUUUGAGAAAAAAAUACAAUUACAAGAGAGGAAAACGAGUCAGAAAGAGGUUCAAGUAUCGAUAGAUGAUGUAAAAUUAGUAAUAAAAAUUUCAUAUGAAAAU